AUGCAUGAUGAUGAUGGGGAUAAUCAAGAGUAUUAUCCUAUUAUGGUCGUUAAAGAAAAGACGGAUUGCAAUAUCGACUGCCCCCUUUUGCUUUAUUGUCCUCUCUUCAGGAUGCCUUACGGGAUCGAUUCGAUCAAUCCAACAAGCAAUAAGGAUUCAUUUUUUGCCAAUCCAUUCCAACAGCCGGCCACCAUCGAUCACGGGAACAUGGAUACAAGCGAUGAUUUAAUGAUGGCCAUUCAGCAAGAUGAAGCCCAAUUUGAGCAAUUAAAGCGAAAAUUAGAAAGCGAUAGAAAAGAUGUUGCCGAUCAACUGGAAAAGCCGGUAGUACUACCUCCAUCUCCGGCUAAUCCUAUCCUCAUCGAUUGA